AUGCGAUGUUCUAUAUCUGAAUGUUAUCUUUUUGAUGAUAUUUUACUAAUGAAACAGGAAAAAGGAGAUUUUUGUGAAAAAAAUAUAACAUUAUUUAAGCAAAAAAUUAUUUAUAAUAAGCUUUAUAGCAUAUACAAAAAGGCUCUAAAUAAAGCUUUGAAAAACAAGUCAAAAUCUUUACAGCUAAUUGAUUUAUUUCAAGAUUUUGCUAAAGAGGAUAAUACUGAUAAUGAAUCAGAUUCUAAUAAAGGCUAA